AUGGGGUCAGUUACAAGGACACACCCGAGGUCAAACAGUGCAUCGCUGCAGCCCGGAGAAGUGGACGACCUGAGGAUCCUCCAGGGUGAUUGGUCAGCCUACCGGUGCAGAAAGAUGCAGACCUCCAGAAAAAGGGGAUGGUGGGCCAAGAUGGUUGAGUUGCAGGGGGAAGAGGAGAUUACCGAGAAAGCCAAACUUCACCUUGCUUCAAAGCUCUGCGGCCCGGAUCCACAAGCAUGGGAUGAUGAACUUGAGCGUGUCUUGGAGGACAUUGUUAUCUCUGAGCCGUGGACGCCCUUUGUCAUUGAGGAUCUACAUGCGGAGCUAGGAAGGCUGGCAGGAUGUGGGGUGAGCCGGGAAACCAAAUACCUGGUACGGCAGCUUAAGUCGAACUACCUUGUGGGGAAAGUGCCGGGUGGAGGAGAGGUCACCAUACACUGCAGCACUGGUAUCAAACAGGGCGCACCUGAGUCAGCGGAACUCUUUGGGCUCAUACUUGAAUCGGCACUCUCUGAAUUGCUGUCUGGCAAGAAGUGGGGUGACCUUGGCCACUCUGUACCUGACCUUCCCAUGGACCUGCUCAUGUACCAGGAUGACAUCUUCCUCUGGGAUACAACGGCGGAGACAUUACAGACUCGGCUCAGACUUGUCAAUGCUAGGCUGUUAGACUUGGGAUUGCAACUCGCCACAAGCAAGACUUGUGUUGUCAGCACACCCGAGUACCGCGGUUCACGCACGAUCAAAGUCAGCGGGGAGACAAUUCCAAUUCAAUCGGCAUCCACGCCACUCAAAGUACUGGGUCUGAACUUCCUCUUCGAUGGGGACCAAGGACGUCAGGCCAAGGAACUUAUUGCAAGGGUGCGUGCCGCGUUUGGAGCACAUCGUGAACUCCUUCGAGGACGCUCCUCUUGGGAGAACAAGGUGUUCGCAGUGCGAACCUUGCUCGAGAGCACUUUCACCUGGGUUGCAGGUGCGGUGUACUGGCAUCAUGAUGACCUGGGGGCGAUGAACACGCUACAAAUUCACAUUCUUCGUGAUGCCUUCCGGCUCAACCGGAAAACGGGGAAACUCUGGCAUGAAUGGAAUCAACGUACGAUGAGAUUCGUCCGCGCCUGGCUGCACCAGACAGGCCUUGACAGGUGGAGUACCCGAACUCGAAAACUCCAGCAUGGCCUUGCUGGGCACUGGGCCAGACAGGUUGAAGAUGAUGGCCGUGGGAUUGAACCAACACCAGGGGUGACUGCACGCUUUCUCAUCUGGCGGAACCUCGAAUGGUGGCGACGAUAG